GGAGAGCCGGCGUCCCCAGGGAGAGGAGCGGGGACUGGGGCGUAGAGGUGCAGGACUGGGGCGUAGGGGUGCAGGACUGGGGCGUAGGGGUGCAGGACUGGGGUGCAGAGCUGCAGGUCGGGAGUGCAUAGGUGCAGGGCUGGGGUGCAGGAUUGGGAUUCAGGGAUACAGGGCGCUCCAACCCACCCUCCUCCGUACUUCAGUGUUGCUUUGCAGGACCCGAGACUGCUGUGCCAGCGGAUCCCACACCCCCGAGGGCCCCUCUCCACCCCUCUCCCUCUCCUGGGACAGGGGCCAGGACGUCCUUCGGGCAGGAUGUUCCCCCCGCCGGGCUGCAGGAGGGGCUUCCCCAGGGAGCCCCACCCGUGGGGGGACGGAGCAGGAGCAGGGCCGUGCCCCCCUCACGGCCCCGAGGACGCCUGGGAUGAGCCGCCCUGGAAGCACCGGCGCAGGAGGGGCCGGGGAGGAUGGUUCCGGCCCAGCCCCAGGGACCCCAGACCCUUCCCUGGCCCUGAUGGCAUCCCUUGGAACGAGGAGGAGGACAGGAUAUGGGCACCCCAUGACUAUCCCCCAGCACCCCCCUGGGAUGACAGAGAAGAAAUCCGAGGACCUGUGGAUGACUUUGGAGAGGGCUGGGACCCGCAUCAUCCCAGGGGUCCCAGACCCUUCCCUGGCCCUGAUGGCAUCCCUUGGAACGAGGAGGAGGAGUACAGGAUAUGGGCACCCCACGACUACCCCCCGCCCCCCUGGGAUAGCAGAGGACCUGAGGAGGACUUCACACAGGACUGGUUCCCAGAGUGGCAGCCUGGCCCCUGUCCUGAACCCCCCUUGGAGGAGGAGCAGCCCCCACCCUGGCACCCUGCUGGCCCACCAGGGAGACGAGGGGGGUUCCAUGGUGGGGGCCCCCCCUGGGACUGUGACCCCCCCAGGGGGAGACGAGGCCGACGCCUUCGCAGGAGCCACCGGGAGCUGACCCUGGUCCAGUGUUCGUGGGGUCCCAGACCCCCCAGAGGGCACAAACCACCCUCCAGGGCCUCUCCUCCCCGCCCCAAGACGAGCCAGCCAGCAGCCAGGAAAGAGCUGCAGCCCCCUGAUCCUCCCCAGCCACCCGUGUCCCCCCAGGGUCCUGUGGAGAGGCCGGAACAGAGCCAGGACCUGCCAGAGGGGAGUGGGGAGGUCCCCAAGACCCCUGAGCCGGCCAGGACCCCUCCGAGGAGCCCGGCCACCGAUCCCUGCGCUGUGGGGCUGGAGCAGGAGGCUCCAGGGACAUCGGUUGAGCCAGGAGCUGAGCAGACAUCUCUGGGCAGCCAGGACCAGGAUCCCUGUGCUUUGGGAGCGGAGCCAAUCCCACUGGAGGAGAACUCUGCCGGGGCAGGGGAGCACCUCGAGGUAGAGCCGUGCAGUCCAGCUGUCCCCGAGGCUGGCACAGGUGAUGGGUCACAUCCCCACAGCCCAACAGCCCCUCUGGAUCCCACUGAGAGGGAACAGCUGGCAUCCAGCUGCUCUGCAGAGGUGGGUGCUGAGCUGAGCCCACGUUCCUGGGGAGAGCAGCAUUUGCCAAGUGGAGCUGGAGAAGCCAAGGCAGAAGCUGCCCAUGAUGGGGUGGGUCUCAGCGCAUGGGGCAGCUCUGUGGUGUGUCCCCCUCCCCAGCUUCUCGAGAGCCUUCAGCCACCUGAAAACUCUCAGGUCCCGCCAGGACCUGCAGCAGAAGCUGAUGCAGAGCCCAGCCAGGCUUGUCCUGAUCCCUGCACCUCACCAAGGACCUCACCGGAGCCCCAGCACUCUCCUGGCUCCAGUGAGACAAACCUGGCAGGGGAUGGACAGCAGCAGCUCUGCUUCAGGCUCCCGACACCCUCCCCAUCCCACCUGGAUCUCCGCUCCGCCGCCGUCCUCGCCAGGAAGGAGGCCAUCGAGCUGUCGUACCAGCAGUUCAGCCUCAACAUUGCGGUGGUGGCCACGAUGCUGCUGCAGAAGGAGCCCUCCAUGGAGGCACCCCUGGGGCUGGCACUCAGGGCCAACCUGCGCCAGGGCUGGAUCCACCACCUACAGGAGCUGGAGAAUUUCAUCGACAGCUACGACUCAGCCACCCCCAGCCCCUGAGGAGACACCCCCUCCUCCAGCCGGGCUGGGAGGGAUGGGGAGCCGUGCCAGGGCACUGCUGUGCUCAGGUGGUGCUGAGCCUGCAGGUCAGGGUGGCAUGGACAUGUUGGCAGUCCCACUUUAUCUCUUGGAGAGGGAGGAAGGUGGAGGUGUGCUUAGUUUUAGCCCUGCCCAAACCUCUGUGUGCAGCCAAAGGAGGAGCUGGUGUUACUGGCUGGUGGUGGGAGGGAGGGAGAGCAGCAGCCCCUCUCCUCCAUCCAGUCUCCUCGCUCCAUUCCUGAUUCCCCGGAAUGUGCCCACAAACCCCGGGAGUUGUUCUUGGUUUAAAAUCUAAAAAUAAACCCUGUUCUUG